AUGUCCACCCCACAUGACCUCUCGCCUCUACAUCUCUCCAAACAACUCCCUGCCCUCCCUCCGAUCGGCCCUCUGCCCCCACCACGGCCAUAUUUGUUAUUGUCCGCAAAUUCGACCACCACUGCUACCGCACCCACCACGGCCCCCGAUGAACCCCCGGUGUACAACCAACCCAGCCUUGACGCGGCCCUCGUGAGCUCCGUCUCGUUUGCCGACUCUGCCUUUGGCAACGGCAGCGACGACGACAGCGACAGCGAGGACAGCGAGGACGAGGUAGCCGCCCUGGGCGCCAUGGCCGACCACCGGCCAACAUGGAGGAGGGGCAACUCAAUACGAGCAGCCGCCCCGCCGCCGCGUGAGCCCAAGGCUCAACAGGACGAAGACGGCUUUGUCCCCUAUCGACCGCCAUACAUCUCCACCACCUCGGCCCUGUCGUUGUCGCCACCAGUGCAGCCGUCGGGCGCACAGGGUAUUGGUCUCGCUCCCAUGUCCGUGCAGCAACUACAACCUCCGCAGGAAAAGCGACGGACAUUCUUCUUCAGUGGGUGGUUCUUUGGGCGUCGAAAGAACAAGCAAAAAUUGUCGUCUGCCUCGACUCCCACACUCGUGCGUCCACUGGGGGCACAGAGCACGGCGUCCUUUGGCGGCGGUGCCCACCACCAACAAUAUAGCUAUGGGACGUACGGUGGUGCCGAUCCCUUUGCGCCUGCAGGCCUGCAAUACGCAACGCCCUACGGCCAGUUUGGAGGGCCAGACAUCAACAACACAAAUGCGCCUGCGGUCGGGCAUCCAUUUGAGAAGCGGGCUUCGACUGUCAAACCCUCCCCAUCCGUCUUGACUGGUCUCAUGGCACCCAAGAUGCUCUUCUCGCCGCUCGCAAGAACCCUUCGCAGCACGCCCAGUGGCAGCAACCUGCCAUACGCAAGCACCCCAAACCUGACAGCUCAUCCAGUCCACAACCCCCACACCGACCCCCUCCCCUUUCUCGCUUCGGAGCCCGACUUUGCUCACGAGCCGGGCCGCGCGCCGUACCCUCGUGUCGGCGGCAACAGAUCGUGGGCGACGUUUCCAGCCAACGCUUCCGGACAGUGGACAGCGACACUCGCUCAGCACUCGGCGAUUUCGCUCCACUCGGAAGGUUCAAAGUCUCGGCUGGCGGUGACUACCGUGUGCGACGCCCUCACAUUCCCCCGGCCGCGACUGAACGCGCACGACAUUACGCCGCCAGAAAGUCCCAACGCACCCGAGACAGAGGAGGAGGAGGACAGCGAGGCCCCCUUCUCCGAGGCAAUCGCCCGGGGCGAGGCUCGGGAUGCGGAGCGCGAGCAAUGGGCAGAGGUGACGCGCAGGUCUCGCAGUGCGUCGUUGCGCCGCUUGUCAGACUCGGCGCCCUCGACGCCUGCGACACGGCUUGGCCGUCUCAGCGCACCUGGAACAUCCCACUCGGCACGAAACAAUCCGGUCAGCGAAAAACCAAGCCACCAGCGCAGCAACUCGGCGUCUGGCUCGCUCAAGUCGUUUUUCAACCACCGCAAUGGCGCGUCGUACCGGGGCGCUCGCAUGACCAUGUCACAUGAAGACCUGCACAACCGAGUCAACAGUGAACGGGCUGAAAGGCCAGAACUGCCCGAGCGCUCCGACAGCUUGCGAACGGCGUCAUCCAGGACAAACUCGACCCGCAGGGGUAUCUUUGGCAGCAGGCGCAUCCAGCAGCAAAACCAGAGCCACCCCAGUCUCCCGAAGAGUACCUCGAACCCCAACCUUGCCAUGUCAGACGGUGGACGGACUCCUCGCCGCUCCCAGUCGGUACGCUACACCGAUACCGUCAGCAACCCGGACCUUCUUUCGACUGUUGGCAUGCCCGGCUCGCCCGCUCGCCGCCACCGCAAUGGCCCGCCUCGCUCACUGCAGUUCCGUCCCCCCAACAGUGCCCACGUCCGCAGUGGCAGCACCGGUGUCGUGGUUGUAGGCGCCAGCACGGCGCGCACUCGCGUACCGCGGGCUGUGGACUUUGCCGAGCCCGUCCGGCGCCCACCAUCGCCAUCCCCCCCACCGCAUUUGCCCACUCCGGAACGCGCUUCGCCGUUCACGUUCAGCUCGGACGAGAUUGGUGUCGCGCUAACCACUGUGGGCAACGAGGCGGCAUCGCCACCACCUCAGGUGGUCCCACAACGUAUCCCCAUGGACACGCCGCCAGGGGCUCUGCCAAAGGAACCCCCAAGCUCGGCCCAUGCCAGAUACUUGCUGGCUCGCCAGCGCCGUCGUUCGGUCACCCUGCGCGCGUUCCAGUCCCCUCCCAUGUCGCCCACUGGUUCUACAAAGAACGCUACCAUCUAUCCUCAAUCUGCAUCCUCAUCAGUCUUUGCAUUAUCCCCCACAUUCCAGACCCGCUUCGACUAUGAGCGGCCCGAGUACCCCACGCCUCGCCGACAAGCCUCUGCCUCUGCCACUGCCAUCGUCGACUACCCCGUUGCCAGCGCCGCCGCCGGCGAGCCCGCGCCACCUCCACUCCCUAAAACCUCAUUCUUUGCACGUGCUCGCGCCACGUCGCCCGACCUCAAACACUCCAAAACGGCGGGCAACGCGUUGCCGACGCGCACCAGCACCCUCGGACCUCGUCCCAAGGCCAAGGCUGCCGCGAGUACUGUGCGCCCCCGUGCCAACUCUGCUGCUGGCUCGUUGGGCUCGGUCUCGCCAGCCUCGCCACUAGACCUGAGCAAGUUUGCGAUGCCACCAGUCACGCCGCCCAGCUCGAGGACGGUGGUGCAAAAGGACAAGGCACUGCCCUCGCUGCCCUUGACGGCGCCGGCACGUAUCCCACCCCCCCGCGCUCCUCCAUCAGGACCGGUGCCACCAACGCCUCCGUACCCUCCACUGUCGCGUUCUGGAUCGACCAGCACUCUUGGGGAGUCACAGGCACCGACGCCAACGACACUCCACCGCCAGUCCGCCUCUGUCUCAGCUUUUGGCGCCAUGUCACCGCUCGCGGUCUUUGCUGCCACGUACCCACUUGCUGUAGAGCCUUCGACUCCCAACAAUGACUCUGAGGUCAUGGAUUCGGUGUCUGGCGAGCCAGCUGCUGGUGGUGGUGGUGUCGUUCCUGGAGCUCCGGCCCCAGCUCGUAUCCAAACUCCCCCGCCGCCCAACAUGCCCACCAUCAUGGACGAGUCGCCCACUCCAGUCCGACAGAUGACUGUUUCUGUGCUUGCACCGCAUACAGCUUCACCCACCAGUCCCAUCCCUGCCUCGACUACAAGCCCCGCUGCGUUGCUCGCGUUUAGCAGCAACCAGCGCCAGCGUAUUGCCUCGCAGUCGCGUCAGCCCAUUCCGUCGCCAGUGUUCAGCCCAUCCGCCGCCAGUCGUCACAGGAGCAUUCCCAGCGUGUCGGCCGUCAUCGCCACACCAGACAGCUUCCGAGCUCCCGAUGGCCGUGGCACACCAGACAGCCCGCUUCGCACUAGGGACAACAGCGACAUGGACCUCAGCGGUCUGGCAGACCUGAGCGCAAGGACAGACGCAACGUCGGCUGCUGUGGCGGAUACCUCGGGUGUUCUUGGCAGGAGCAGGUCUGGCAGCGGCACCCCGGACAGCAUCGCGCGGUUUGCCAUUCCCCCUCGCGCUAUCGGCACACCGUCCGACGGACAGAGCUUCCGCAGUGCCCGUAGCCACCGUAGCUUCCCCGAGCUUCGUCCCGCAUCGGCUGCCUCUGAAGACUCGGCCUACACCAGCGCGACUGCCACGACGGCCGAGCACUGGGCAACGCCGUCUGCUACCCCUCGAGCUGCAGAGCAGGCGACGCUCCACGACAGCGACAGCGACAUGGACGACAGCUCUUCUGAUGCCACCCUCCCGGACCUGUUCCCCGUUUCGUCAACGUCGGCGCUCUCGCACUACACCGACGCGCUCGAGGGCUCGGACUGGGAAGAACCGUCGCCUGCUGCGCCGACGGUGCCGCGGCUGGACAUCCCCAUCCAUCUCCAGCACGUCGACGAGGCCGAGGAAGACACUGUUGAUUCCGAUUCGCGCCGCCAGACCAUUGUGGCGCUACCAAACCAGGGGAUCAUGGAGUCGCUCUCCGUCACGGCGACGCCGCGUGCCAACCGCAACCUCGACCCCGACACUGAGAACACCCUGCAUGCAUUUGACCACCGCCGUUCCUUUGAGCGGCGCAGGUCUCACAACUCGGCCAUGUCCAGUGGGUCCGAGGGCUCGCUCCGUCCCAGCAUGGACGAAAACUUCCGUGGCCUCUUCUACCGUACCCCGCAAGUCGCGUCGCCUGUCACCGAGCCCCCGGCCGAGAACGCACAGCGUCCACUCAUGUUCUCGCGCCCAGUCAUGCCCACCGAGCCCAUUGGACUGGGCUAUUCCCUCGAGGCCGAUAGCCCACAAGACGCCACACGCAGCGACGGGACGUUUGAGAUCCGUACACCUGUCAUCAGCUCGGAGCGCGUGCCCCUCCCGUUCCCCCGCAGCUCGGCGGACGCUGUUGGCACGUCAACGAUGCCUGCCGCCCUGCACCCACAGGGUCUCGGUGUGUCUGGCCUCGGCGCGGCGUUUGACAACCGGAUCGAUAUGGGCGGCCAGUCGGACUCAUCCACGCCUGCACGCCACGACUCGUGGAUUACCGACUCAUACCAGCGCCUGGCUGCAGCCACGUCCUUGCGAAGUGCCACACCGGCCGGCAGGCGGUCUCACCGAAAACCCCGACCGCUGAGUGAUGAGCAGCCUCAGUCAUUCAGUCCGACCACUUUCGGAGUUUCCACCGACCGCUUCGAGUCGCUCUCCACCGGCCAGUCGACACCGAGGACACCCAUACAGGUUGACUCGUCUGGCACUUCCUCUGCAGGCGUACUUACUCCCAACCCCGACGUCGUCAUCCGCUUCCCGUCGCCCCCUACCCACACCAGCGGCCGCAUCUAA